AUGCGCUCACAGAUUCAGCAACUCGUCCUGGCCGCAGCUCUGCUGCAGUCCGCUGAUGCCGCCCCGGCCGGCCUUCUCGACGGUCUCGGAGUAGUAACCCAGCUACUGGCACUUCCGACCGACUAUGUGUCCAGCUUGACCGGGGUUCUUGGCACGAAGCCCGGGAGCGGCGUCGGCGCCGGAGUGCUCAACGUCGGAGAUCUCCAAACGAAGCUCGGAUCGAUCUGGAACACGGGAAGCACUGGUGACUUUUACGGAAAGCUGCAAAAGCAAAUCGGCCAAGGUCUCGUCCCGAACAACCUCCUCUCUAGCUUCCAGGGACUUCUCGGCACUGGCCUUCUGGGUAGCUUGGACCUGGCCAACAAUGCCAACAAGCUGAUUGCUCCUCUCAACGGAAUCGAUUCGACGAGCAACAACAACCCGGUCAACCCGGCCAAGUCUGUCUACCCCAAGAAAGAUGCCUCGGAUGCGCCAUACACCCUCUCCGAGCAGCAGCUUCGCCAGGCCAUCUACAUCCCCCAGACUUUCACCUACGGCCAGAAGCCUCCUGUUAUUUUCAUUCCCGGCACUGGUGUCUACGGAGGAGAGACCUUUAGCCCCAACUUGUUGAAGCUUCUCACGAACGUCCCUUACGCAGAUCCCGUCUGGCUCAAUAUUCCGGGCGCUCUUCUUGGCGACGCCCAGGUCAACUCUGAGUACGUCGCCUAUGCCAUUAACUACAUCAAUGGCAUCAGCAACAAGAACUCGAGCAUCAUUUCUUGGUCUCAGGGUGGUCUAGACACCCAGUGGGCUUUCACCUUCUGGCCUUCUACCCGCAACGCUGUCGCCAACUUCUUCCCCGUAUCUCCCGACUUCCACGGAACCGUUCUUGCCAACGUUCUAUGCCUUUCACCUGGCAACGGAGCCCUCAACGCUCCCUGCGAUCCUUCUGUCAUUCAACAGCAAUAUACCUCCGUUUUCAUUAACACCCUUCGUUCCCGUGGAGGAGCCGACGCCUACGUUCCCACAACAACUUUCUACAGUGCUAUUCUCGAUGAGGUUGUCGAGCCCCAGCAAGGCACAGCUGCUUCCGCCUACCUGACCGAUGCCCGCCGUGUCGGUGUCACCAAUAUCGAGGUCCAGUCUGUCUGCCCUGGCCGCCCCGCUGGCAGUAUCUACGGCCACGCGACGAUGCUCUUCAACCCCUUGACAGCCGCACUGAUCAAGGAUGUUCUUCAGAGAGGCUCAGGACCUGCCAAGAUUAGCAACAUCAACCUCAACGACGUUUGCAAGGACUUCAUCGCCCCUGGCCUGAACCUCGAGGAUGGCAUUGCUACUGCUGGUUCGAUUGUUGCUGCUGGCAUUCGCUUGUUGGCCUACCUCCCGAAGCUCAUUGCCGAGCCCACCCUCAUGGCUUACGCACGUUCUUGA